AGUAGAAACGAGAACCGUGUUGUCGGUUGGCUGGUUUCACGUGGUUCUACAUCACGUGAUUGGUCGCACACAAACUCCAACAAAUAUUUCGUCGACUCUCAAACCUGAACGAUACGCCAAUCCUCCGACAGCAGACAUGUUGAAUCUCCAUAGUUUCCUGGCAACUUCCGCUGUGAUCGCCGUCAUUAGCGCCGUCAUCUACUUCAUGCCUUCACCUAUUGACCCAGUACCUGUUGAAUUAGGGGGCCCCCUGCCGGAUUUAGUUGGUCCACUUGAGGUCAACACGCACCUGCAGAAGAUUCGCAAACUUUUUCAAGGUCAGCUUCUCGGCCCAGAGUCCUUUGCUGCUGGACACGAUGGUUCAAUUUACACCGGGACUGGCGAUGGAAAGAUCUGGAGAAUCAAAGAUGACCAGCUGACCCUGAUUGGCCGAACUGGGAUUGACCAUCCGGACUGCGGCAGCUACCAGCUAGAGCCCCAGUGUGGCCGGCCCAAAGGUCUCAAGAUGGACGCGGCUGGACGUCUGAUUGUGGCGGACUCGUACAUGGGCAUCCUACAGCUGGACGUGGUCACAGGGCAGGUCCAAGUUCUGGUAGACAGUUUUAAUGGAUCCAGGUUUAGAUUUCUCAAUGGCCUUGACAUUGGGCCGGAUGGCACCAUCUAUUUCACAGACUCGAGCACUAAGUGGGAGAGACGAGACUACAGGUACGAGGUGAUUGAAACCAACCGAUUGGGCCGAGUUCUGGCACUGGACCCAGGGUCAAGGGCAGCCCGACUGGUGCAAGACGGCCUGUACCUGGCCAAUGGCGUCUGUGUCUCGCUGGACGGGACGUACCUGCUGGUAGCUGAGAUGAGUAUCUCGGCCAUAACAAAGAUUCACCUGAGCGGCCCCAGGGUGGGGCAGAGAGAGCCCCUGGUGACCAACCUGCCCGGCUACCCAGACAACCUGAAGCGGAACAGCCGUGGCUUCUAUUACGUGGGGAUGGGGUCUGUUCGCUUCAAGGGCUCAAGUCUCAUUGGUUCUUUCCUGGAUCUCGUGGCGCCAUACCCGCCAAUCAAACGGCUCGUUACAAAGAUCAUCCCCGCCUCUUUUUUUGACGUCUUCCUCCCCCGUCACGCGCUGAUGCUAGAGAUAGACGACCAAGGUCACAUAGUGACGUCACAUCAUGACCCUGGGGGUCACGUGAUCUCGGCCCUGAGCGAAGCUUUUGCACACGGCGACCAGGUGUACAUCGGCCAUUUCAAACUGUCGUUUGUUGGCGUCAUCAAAUUGUCUGACCUGCACGGGGAACACUGAGCGGGCGACGGAACUGGGUCACGUCUGCUGGUGAGACAUACAGAUGACCUUGACCCUGGACAUGCGACUGGUGACGUCUGCAUAAUGCUGUGUGGUUUAAACUGACAUGCGCUCUUGUGUUUGUAAACGUCAAUCCAAUUUUUUGAUUGGAUGUUUCAAUAUAAAUAAAUGAACAUGCUAGGUG